UGCUGGCCUGCUCUCAGUUUUCGCUGUGCGAUUGCUGGUAAUGUGGUGUCUAUAUCUAGUAUCGUGAACAAUUUCAUUAGUACAGGCGGACGUAACGGUAACGGACGUAACGUACGUCGUUGGAAAAAAAAGCUACAGACUAAAGAAAGAAGGUUGUGAAAAAAAUUUUUUGUGUAGAAAUUCGUAAACUUCUACAACAAAAAGUGUAAUUUUUUUUUGUUGUUUAAAGAAAGUGCCGUUAGCUAGACGCCAAAUAUGCAAUAACAUUCAAUUUCGUUUAGAAAUCCAAACGGUAGAGAAACAGAAACACUCAAGGUGUUUUUUUCGGGUACGUGCGUGUGUGUGUUUGUGUACGGUGGCGACAACGGCAACGAGAACGACGACGACGACUACGACUACUAGUAGGACGGUAUAAAAAGACACCGAGGCGCGGGGAGCCAACAGCAACACAUACCAAAUACUAUUGCCGCCUCAUUCCUCCCCCCGGUCUUAUACAUACAUACAACAAAUUCAAGAGGAGGCAGGCAACACAGAGCAAGCACCACCAGAGGAAAGACAUCAAGCCAUCCAAGCACUACGCCAGUAGUGCGCGCACACAUCACCACAGCAGCACACAGCUCUCUGUGUUCUGUCAGCUGUGUGUGCUCCCCACAUCGGAACAGCUGUUUGGAGUAGCCAAAGCCAUUGUGUUUUAGUGUAUAGUAGUGUGGUGAGAGAGUGUAGAGAUUUAACAAAUGGCCACCAUAGAUGGACGACCCGCACAAUAUGGGAUAUCACUUAGGCAAUUACGUGACCUCAUGGAACACCGAGGUCGCGAAGGUGUUCAUCUCGUAGACGAAAUGGGCGGUGUCAACGAAAUAUGUAAAAAAUUAUACACUUCCCCUAACGAAGGUUUAAGUGGAUCGAAAACCGACAUCGAACAUAGACGAGAAACUUUUGGCUCGAAUAGUAUACCACCGAAACCUCCGAAAACAUUUUUAACUCUAGUCUGGGAAGCAUUACAAGAUGUGACCCUUAUUAUUUUAGAAGUAGCUGCGAUAGUCUCAUUGAUUCUAUCCUUUUAUAAGCCCGCCGAUGAAGAAGCUCCACUUUUGGAAGAAGAAGAUGAUCACUAUGGCUGGAUUGAAGGUUUAGCCAUUCUUAUAUCGGUCAUUGUGGUUGUUCUGGUGACAGCAUUCAAUGAUUACUCCAAAGAGCGCCAAUUUCGUGGUCUGCAGAAUCGCAUUGAGGGCGAACACAAGUUCUCGGUUAUUCGAGGCGGUGAGGUAUGCCAAAUAUCGGUAACAGACAUAGUGGUGGGUGAUAUAGCUCAGGUCAAAUAUGGUGAUCUAUUGCCAGCCGAUGGUGUACUCAUACAAAGUAAUGACUUAAAGGUGGAUGAAUCGUCGUUGACCGGCGAAUCGGAUCAUGUGAAAAAGGGUGUAGAAUUUGAUCCCAUGGUCUUGUCGGGCACCCAUGUCAUGGAAGGCAGUGGUAAAAUGGUGGUCACCGCCGUUGGUGUCAACUCUCAAUCUGGUAUUAUUCUCACUCUUUUGGGCGCCACCGAUGAAGAGUCCCAUAAAAAGAAAUUGAAAAAAGAACAUGAAGAAGAAAUAGACUUGGAAAAACAAGCACCACCACCAUCACCACCACCCAACAAAACUAUUCCUCAAAUUUCAGAUGGCAUUAAGUCUGAAACUGAAGGUAAUCAUGUUGCUAGCAACGCUGGGGCAGGCGCUGCCGAAGGGGAUCAAAAGAAAGAGAAGUCUGUCUUGCAAUCGAAACUCACCAAAUUGGCCAUACAGAUUGGUUAUGCUGGCUCCACCAUUGCCGUGCUGACGGUCAUCAUUUUGGUCAUACAAUUCUGUGUUAAGACAUUCGUUAUCGAGGAGAAACCCUGGAAGAAUACCUAUGCCAAUCAUUUUGUUAAGCAUUUGAUUAUCGGUGUAACCGUAUUGGUUGUAGCUGUACCUGAAGGUUUGCCGUUAGCUGUUACCCUAUCGUUGGCCUAUUCGGUGAAGAAAAUGAUGAAAGAUAAUAAUUUGGUACGCCAUUUGGAUGCCUGCGAGACCAUGGGUAAUGCCACUGCCAUUUGCUCCGAUAAGACUGGUACCUUGACUACAAAUCGCAUGACAGUUGUCCAAUCGUACAUUUGCGAAAAGCUAUGCAAAGUCCUGCCGAAAUACAACGACAUCCCUCAAACUGUGGCGAAUUUGAUUACCCAAGGUAUAUCGGUCAAUUCUGCCUAUACGUCCAGUAUUAUGCCCGGUCCCUCGGCUGAUGAUUUACCCACACAAGUGGGCAAUAAAACGGAAUGUGCCCUUUUGGGCUUUGUCAUGGGCUUGGGUGUGAAAUAUCAGUCCAUACGUGAUGAGAUCACCGAAGAUAAAUUUACUCGUGUAUAUACAUUCAAUUCUGUGCGCAAGAGCAUGGGUACCGUGAUUCCUAGAAGCAAUGGUGGCUAUCGUCUAUUUAGUAAAGGUGCUUCCGAAAUUAUGUUGGGAAAAUGUAGCUACAUUUUUGGCCACAAUGGUGUACUGGAAAGAUUUACACCCGACAUGCAAGAACGUCUCAUACGCGAAGUCAUUGAGCCCAUGGCUUGUGACGGUUUGCGUACCAUUUGUAUUGCCUAUCGUGACUUUGUCCAUGGCAAAGCUGCCAUGAACGAAGUCUCCAUUGAUCGUGAACCCAAUUGGGAUGACGAGGCAGGCAUUAUGUCGAAUCUCACUUGCUUGUGUGUGGUGGGCAUUGAGGAUCCCGUGCGUCCCGAAGUGCCCGAGGCCAUACGCAAGUGUCAACGUGCCGGUAUCACAGUGCGCAUGGUAACCGGUGACAACAUAAAUACAGCACGUUCAAUUGCCACCAAAUGUGGUAUACUGAAACCUGGCGAUGAGUUCCUUAUAUUGGAGGGCAAAGAAUUCAAUAGACGCAUUCGUGAUAGUAAUGGCAAUAUUCAACAAAGUUUGAUUGACAAGGUUUGGCCUAGAUUACGUGUAUUGGCUCGUUCUUCCCCUACGGAUAAGUACAACCUGGUCAAAGGUAUCAUCGAUAGUACUGUAAGUGACAAUCGUGAGGUGGUUGCCGUCACGGGUGAUGGUACCAACGAUGGUCCGGCCCUCAAAAAGGCCGAUGUUGGUUUUGCCAUGGGUAUUGCUGGCACUGAUGUUGCUAAAGAGGCUUCCGAUAUCAUUUUGACCGAUGAUAACUUUAGCAGUAUUGUAAAGGCCGUUAUGUGGGGUCGUAAUGUUUACGAUUCGAUUUCAAAAUUCUUGCAGUUCCAGCUGACGGUAAAUGUGGUGGCUGUCAUUGUAGCCUUUAUUGGUGCCUGUGCUGUGCAAGAUUCGCCAUUGAAGGCCGUUCAAAUGUUGUGGGUCAACUUAAUUAUGGACACCUUGGCUUCCCUGGCUCUGGCCACAGAAAUGCCCACACCAGAUUUAUUGUUGCGCAAACCCUAUGGUCGUACGAAACCCUUGAUUUCUGGUACCAUGUUAAAGAAUAUUCUGGGUCAAGCUUUUUACCAAUUGAUAAUCAUCUUUGGACUGUUGUUUGUUGGUGAUUGGAUUUUGGAUAUUGAAUCGGGUCGUGGCCAACCCUUGUCGGCUGGUCCCACACAACAUUUCACCAUUAUUUUUAAUACAUUUGUCAUGAUGACUUUGUUUAAUGAAAUCAAUGCUCGCAAAAUCCAUGGACAGCGUAAUGUCCUCGAAGGAUUCUUUACUAAUCCCAUCUUCUAUAGCAUUUGGAUUGCCACCGUUGUAUCACAGGUCGUUAUUGUGCAAUUUGGCAAAAUGGCCUUCUCCACAAAAGCUCUCUCCCUCGAUCAAUGGUUGUGGUGCAUAUUCUUUGGUCUGGGCACCCUGGUGUGGGGACAAGUCAUCACUUCACUGCCUACAAAGAGAUUCGAAAAGAUGGUCUCGUGAGCAUCUCCAGACUAAACUCACGCACAAAAUAACUUAGCAAACUAAACAACAACAACAGCAACAACAGAAAAGCGAGAAAAACAACAACAAGAGAACGCAACAUUUUCUUUCUGGACCUGAGAAUAUCACAAACUAAAAAAAAAACUCUAAGCAAGGAAACAAAAGGAAAAAAUUAAAAAUCUAAAACCAGUCAUACCCCCUUCUCUCUACUCUACAUUAAGCUAUAACAACUACAACUACAACAACAAAAGCAAAACAAAACAAAAACAAAAGAAAUAGUAAAAUUUUUUCUCAUCAUGUUAUUCAUUAAAGCAAAUGUUCAAAUGUUUAAAUGUUCAAAUAAAGUGAAUUUAUUUUUUA